UUUUCACCUUGGUCCCCGUCUCGAAAGUUCAAUGAAGGCAGACGCCUCCCUCCGGCCAGGAACAUGAAGGGCUUAUCGGGCAGCCGUUCCCAGCACCAGAUCCCUUUACCCCAUGGCUUGGACUACGACCCCCACGUCCAUGACAUUCACGCUCACCAUGGCCCUGACUCCCGCCACACGUCCUACCUGCUCAGCCCCACAGAGAGCUGCCCCAUGGACUUCCACCACCGCUACUCCCCACGCAGCUCCAUCCACUCUGACUGCAUGAUGAUGUCCCCUGUCAUGAUGCCCCCAGCUGCUGCGUCUGAACACAUCUCAAGCAGCACCUUUCCCAGAAUGCACUACAGCUCUCAGUAUUAUGACUCAGUCACAAGGGAUGACUGCGCUGCCAUCACAGCCUCUGCCACCUCUCCAGCCGUCGCAGCUGCUGCAGCCGCGGCGGCCGCCUCUUCCCACCACGCCGGCACCAAGAGCAACCGCCUUCCUGCUAACCUAUUAGACCAGUUUGAGAAGCAACUGCCACUACACCGCGAUGGCUUCCACACAUUACAGUACCAGCGCACCUCCACCACCACUGAGCAACGUAGCGAGAGUCCUGGCCGCAUCAGACACCUUGUUCAUUCUGUCCAGAAGCUCUUCACAAAGUCCCACUCCCUGGAGGGAUCAUCCAAGAUGAAUGGCACAAAAGGCGAUAUUGUAGGAGCAGGGAGUUACCAUCAUCAUGGCCACCACUCCACCAAACAUGGUAGCAAGAGGAGCAAGAGCAAAGAACGCAAGCACCGCUCUGGCGGCUGGUGGAGCUCCGAUGACAACCUUGAUAGUGACAGCACCUACCGCACACCCAGUGUCAUGUCCCGGCACCACGGGGAACAUGUCAGUCACUGCUACCCAGAUUCCAUGCACAGCCACCACUUUGGAGACCUGUCACUCAAGACGUCUAAGAGUAACAAUGAUGUCAAGUGCUCAGCCUGUGAGAGCAUGGCCAUGGCGCCUGAGGGCAAAUACAUGAAGAGGAGCUCCUGGUCAACACUGACAGUCAGCCAGGCUAAAGAGGCCUAUAGGAAGUCAUCGCUCAACCUAGAGAAAACCAUGAUGCACACAGACCACAAGCCUUCAUCGCGGACGUGUCACUAUCUGCAGGUGCCCCAAGAUGAGUGGGGUGGAUACCCAGGUGAAAGGGAUGAGGAAAUCCCGUGUCGGCGGAUGCGCAGCAGUAGCUAUGUCAAAGCUAUGGGAGAGGUGGAUGAUGAAAGUGGUGACUCUGACACCAGCCCCAAGACUUCCCCACAGAAAGCUAUUAGGCCUGAUGCUCUCGUCCUCAAAUCAGCCAUGCAGAGACCCCAUUUUGACUCCCAAAGCCAGGGCUACCACUUGCAAACCAGAGAAAGAGAUAUGCGGCCCCACCCUAGUGUCACGCUGGACCCUGCCACCUUUCAUCCCCCACCUUUCCGCUCUCGCAACCAGAGCUACAUGCGCGCUGUCAGCACCCUCAGUCAGGCUAGCUGCGUCAGCCAGGUGAGUGAGACUGAGAUCAAUGGCCAGUUUGAGUCAGUUUGCGAGUCCGUUUUUAGUGAAGUAGAAUCCCAGGCCAUGGAGGCCUUGGACCUGCCUGGUUCGUUCCGCACACGAAGCCACAGUUACCUCCGUGCAAUACAGGCUGGUUAUUCCCAAGAUGACGACUGCUUGCCUUCAAUGACAUCCUCCACUGUCACUUCAACUCUCAGAUCCACAACAGCGGUAUCAUAUCCUCCCAGUUACAAGAAGACUCCACCUCCUGUGCCCCCGCGCACCACCACCAAGCCUCUUAUCUCUGUGACAGCCCAGAGCAGUACAGAGUCCACCCAAGAUGCCUACCAGGAGGGCAGGCAUCCACGGGGCGGUCUGUGGACCACGGAUAGCCUCGGCCGUCCCAUCUACAGCUCCACAGACAGCCUGGACAGCACCAAGGCAGUCACCAUGGCCAUGGAAUCAGCAGCAGGCAAGAGGCAUGCGUCUUUGGGCAGCCACACCUCUGUCCAGACAUGCGACAAAGCAGUGCUGGUUUCCAAAGCCGAGGAGUACCUCAAAACCCCACGUUCCUCUAUUGGGAUACAGGUGGAAACUGUGACAGACUCUGAGACUGAAAGUAAAGGCAUUCCUCAGUUCCAUUCUAUAGGUAUCCAGGUGGAGGAUCGAAAACGGCAUGGGAGGUUCAAGCGCUCCAACAGUGUGACCACUGCAGUGCAAGCAGACUUGGAGUUGGAGGGCUUUCCCUCCAUGGAAGACAAGGGCCUGCAGUUCGGUGGCGGUUUCGGUCGCCACUCUGAGCCCAGCACGCCCACGCAGUAUGGGGCCAUCCGUACGGUGCGCACACAGGGCCUGUUCAGUUACAGGGAAGACUACCGGCCGUCCAGUGGGCCCUCCAGCCCACAGCCUGAAACCUGGCUGGUUGAACCCAGCCUGGAGAGCACCGAGACAGGCCGAGUGUCCCCCCUUCGCAGGGACGGCAGCUGGUUUAUGCAGCUCCUUCACAAUGAAACAAAGCGGCUGGAGGGAUGGUGCAAAGAGAUGGAGAGAGAGGCAGAGGAGCAUGACCUCACGGAGGAGAUCCUAGGAAAAAUCCGGAGUGCAGUGGGAAGUGCUCAGCUCCUAAUGUCUCAAAAGUUUCAGCAGUUUUACUGGCUUUGUCAGCAGAAUCUGGACCCCAGUGCCAUGCCCAGACCCACAUCUCAGGACCUGGCAGGAUUCUGGGACCUCUUGCAGCUUUCCAUCGAUGACGUCACUGCCAAGUUUGAUGAGCUGCAGCAGAUCAAGAGCAACCAGUGGCAGCUGGUGGAGAGCCCAGAGAAGAAGGAGGAGCGGAAGUGGCCGCCUCCUCUGCCAAAGAGGCCGCCCAAAGGGCGUGGUGCCAUGACACGGGAGCGCUCUCUGGACCUUCAGGACCGCCAGCGACAGGAAGCCCGCAGACGCCUCAUGGCUGCCAAACGAGCAGCUUCUUUCAGACAGAACUCAGCCACAGAGAGGGCAGACAGCAUCGAGAUCUACAUCCCAGAAGCCCAGACACGGCUUUGA